UUUGAUUUUUCUGAUGUCAAACUAAAACUAUAUAUAUGCUGUAUAGAUAGGUAACGCGUUAUAUGUAGACUCCGAGUUUUUCAUGAUUGGCCAAUUGAGAGAAAUAAAAGUAGGCUUUAAAGUUAAUCUGGAUUCUUGAAUUCUACAGAGAAUCUAAAGAAGAAACCAAAUAUGAAGUUUGGAAAAGAGUAUGUCGCACAGAUGGUUCCAGAAUGGCAACAAGCUUACAUGGAUUAUGCUUGUCUCAAAACCAUUCUUCGAGAAAUCCAAACUUCGAAGAAAAGAUCAGAGACACAAGGUGACUUGAAACACAAGCUAUCUGGUCGCCGCAACUUCAGUGGCCUGACAAAGCGGUACAGCCGCGCCUCCUCGUCUCGGGAUAUCGAAAACCACGACAUUUUGGUUCAUGCAACGACUGGGGAUGACGGGUUUGAGAAAUACGAGACGACCAUCUUGAAAGUUGCGGAAGAAGGGAGAGAGUCAGAGCUUGUGUUCUUCAAAACCCUAGAUCUCGAGUUUGAUAAAGUAAACCAUUUUUACCGGUCUAAAGUGGAGGAGUUGGUGAAGGAAGCAGUGGUUUUGAACAGACAAAUGGAUGCACUGAUUGCUUUCAGAAUCAAACUCGAUCAACCUUCUUCUCUUUUGAGCUGCUCUGAAACCGUAUCAGUCGAUAUCAAUGCCUUGGAUUCGAAGAAACGCAGGAAGACAUUAGCUGAAGAGAUGGGAAUCAAAAUAGAGGAAAAUGGAUCCAGCGGUGGAGAUUCAACGAAAGAACGUGUACCAGAGGCGUUAAGUGUUCUUGACCAUAUCAGAUUAAACAAAAAUCAGGAAACUCCUCUGUCCACAAUUAGAAACGUCCUCAAGCUCCCUAACCAGGAAGAGCUCAAAUUCACAAGAGAGAAUCUCAAGAAAAUAGAGGAAAGGCUCAAGGAUGUCUUUGUCGACUUUUAUCGCAAGCUUCGACAUCUCAAGAAUUACAGCUUCUUGAACACUUUAGCGAUUUCCAAGAUCAUGAAGAAGUAUGAUAAGAUUGGUUCAAGAAAUGCAGCAAAACUAUACAUGGAGAUGGUAGAUAAGUCCUACCUCACGAGCUCUGAUGAGAUCAACAAGCUUAUGUUGAGAGUUGAGUCUAUUUUCGUCGAGCAUUUCGCAAGUUCAAAUCGAAGCAAAGGAAUGAAUCUCUUAAGACCAAAAGUGACGAAAGAAAGACAUCGAAUAACGUUUUCCACCGGCUUUUUCGUCGGUUGCACAGUCUCUCUACUGACUGCUCUGGGCAUGUUUGUUCAUGCUCGUAAUAUAAUGGGUGCAGAGGGACAAAAAAUCUACAUGGAAACAAUGUUCCCUCUAUACAGUUUAUUUGCAUUUGUGGUUCUGCACAUGAUCAUGUAUGCUUCAAACAUAUACUUUUGGAAGCGAUAUCGAGUGAAUUACCCGUUUAUAUUUGAAUUUAAAGAAGGAACAGAGCUUGGUUACAGGCAUGUCCUGCUUCUAAGCUUUGGCCUCGGCACGCUUGCUCUCUGCGCUGUUCUAGUAAACCUUGACAUGGAGAUGGAUCCUAAUACUAAUGACUACAAGACCUACACUGAACUUGUUCCUCUUUUUGUUGUCGCUCUGGUGAUAGCUAUUUCUGUAUGUCCCUUCAACAUAUUUUAUCGGUCAAGCCGCUUCUUCUUCCUCAUGGUUCUAUUCCGAUGCAUUGUUGCGCCGCUCUACAAGGUUAAUCUUCCGGACUUUUUCUUAGCAGACCAAUUAACAAGCCAGGUUCAAGCACUGAGGAGUCUGGAGUUUUACAUAUGUUACUAUGGUUGGGGAGACUUCAAGCAGAGGCAAAACACUUGCAAAUCAAGCGAUGUAUACAGCACAUUCUACUUUAUCGUCGCUGUGAUUCCUUACUGGUCACGUUUCCUUCAAUGUGUUCGAAGAUUAAUCGAAGAGAAAGAUUCAAGCCAAGGCUUCAAUGCUCUCAAGUAUUUAUUGACCAUUGUCGCUGUUUGCUUAAAAACAGCUUAUAGCCUUAACAGAGGAAAUGCCUGGAUAAUAGCUACCUUUGUUUUCUCGGCGUUGGCAACAUUUUACGGUACAUAUUGGGACAUUGUUUAUGACUGGGGGUUGCUUCAUAGACCAUCUAAAUCUUUGUUGAGAGAGAAGCUUCUUGUUCCUUACAAAUCCGUCUACUACAUUGCAAUGGUCGUAAACGUUGUGUUGAGGUUGGCCUGGUUGCAGACUGUGCUGGAUUUCAAUAUCUCCUUCUUACAUAGAGAAACAAUGAUUGCUCUUAUUGCCAUUCUUGAGAUCAUACGACGCGGUAUCUGGAAUUUCUUCAGGUUAGAGAAUGAGCAUUUAAACAACGUUGGAAAGUUCAGAGCAUUCAAAUCAGUUCCAUUACCAUUCAACUACAACGAAGAUGAAGAUCGAGACAGUUAGAUAUUAGAUUGGACUAAAUCAAGGUUUUUCCAGUGAGUGGAUUUUCAAUUGUGUAUUGGUAUAUAUAUUCUAGGCUUGCUUGUAUAUGUUUGUAAAUUGUAAAAAAAAAAAAAAAAAGAAAGGCAUGCGAUUAUUUGAGACAGCUAGCGAAAACCUAUCUAAAAUGAAGCAACAACCUCGUUUUCAACAAUCAGAAAACCUCUCCGGAGGAGGCGAUCCUGCUAGCUCUUCUGAGGGCAAAAGAAUGGCAAUCAGCCCAAAACCCUAUUGAAAGAAUCCCAUAGCAACCCAAAUCAUAAACAGACCUCUAUUACCAAGCGAAGCUCUAACCUGUUUCACUGAUGCGGCUUGGAAGGGUGACAUAUGUGCUGGAUUUGGGUGGAUCUUUAGAAAUUCACAGGAACAAGUAACCCGAGAAGGCUCGUCCUCUGCUCUAUCUGUAUCAUUCACCUUGAUGGCCGAAGCUAUGGCAACACUAGCCGCGCUAUGUCUUGCAGUCUAAUUGGACCUCAAGAACAUUCAAUUAGCCUCAGACUCGCAGAUGCUAGUCAAAGCGCUCAAUGGGAAGCUCCACUCAAAGGAACUUCAUGGGAUUCUUCUUUGAAUGUUAUCAGCAAAUCUAUCUUUUGUAUCGUCGUUUUCCUUUGUACCCAGGAACCUCAAUCGUCAUCCCGAUGCAUUGGCAAAAGAGGCCCUUAUUGGGCUGAAUAUUGUAACUUAAACCUUUAAGGCCUAAUGGGUAUA